AUGCAGACUAAAAGCUUUCAUAAAUCAACUUGCGAAAGUGACUCUGAAGAACUACUUCUGUCUGAAGCUGAUAAGAAAAAGUCGGAAGAAGAUCAAAGCAGCACAGCAAACAAAAUAGAAAAAAUUUCUCCAGCGCAACAAAUCGCUGAGAACGAAUGCCAACCGGAACCAUCCGAGCUUUCGUCAAUAGAUCCAGACGAUACCCUCAAUGCCGUGUUCUCUCAGGCGCAGAACAUUUUGAACGAGAAUGCGAAUGGAUCAGAGUACAAUUGGAAGCUAAACAGGCUGCUGAACGACUCGCCAGGGGGCAGAUUUGAUGAUGAAAGUAGAAUUGGCUCUGUUUUGGAUGGACUGAGUCAGGUUCAGAGCGAUUUAGUGAACAUUGACGACUCUGUUUCUCAAGUUGCUUCUCGAGAGCAAUCGCGCCCUGCAAAACAAGCAACUCCAAGAGUGCUCAACGAGCUACAAUCAAACUUCACAGCCGACACAGGUGCGCUCUUAGCUAUCAACCCAGAGUCCAUCGUCAUCAAGCCUCCAAAAUCGUCGAUUAUGCCGCAGAGCUUGGCCAGUUUGAAUACCGUCAGAACUGACGACAUUGCAGCUGAGUACAAAAAGAUGCAACAACGGCUCAAUAACGAGAAGAGACUCGCCGGCAUUCCUGUCAGAGAAUUUGACGAAGUAAGCAUCGAUUCCGACCUCAAUUCGGUGCAGACGGAGAUGGUUCAUCAGAAGUUUAUGGAGCUUUUACGGAGACCUGGGGGUACUCUGCCUACUCCAGCUGCUUCCGGAAGCAAAACUUCUUCGAGAGCCGUCAGCACAGUGAGGUCCAGACCUGUUUCAUCAAAGCCAUCAACAGUUCGAUCUCGUCCGAGCUCUCUACCUCGUUCUAGAGCAACUUCCGGCGGUGGCCGCUCUUAUCGAGUAGAUCCCGACAUUGAAAGCGAAAAAGUCAAAGCCGAGCUAAACCUCCUUUACGUAGAGAAACGCAAAGCAGAAUCCGAACUGCGCUCCAUCAAAACAGAGAUUGAAGAAAAGGAAAUGUCUCAAAAUGAGCUUGAGAGUUCAAUGAAGAUGGAAAAUCUGGAGCUGUCGUCAAAAUUGAGCACGACGCAACGCGAACUGUUCAAGACAAAGAAAGAUUACAGAGAAGUGAUAGAAGACUUACAGUUGGCACUUGAAGAAAUGACGAGAAAGUACGAGGACUUGAGAGAAAAACGUUCCACCGUUAGUGUUAGCCGAAGCGAUGCCGUUGUCAACUUGGCUACAUCGAACAAAAUUCAAUCUCUCGAAAAGCGUAUUCGAGAGCUAGAAGUCUCGGUAGAAAAUGAGAGCGCAGAAAAGAGAAUUCUUCAACACAAAGCGAAUCAACUCGAGCAUCACCAUCAGCAACAAUUCUCUGAGAACAUUGAAGCUCAUCCUGAAGUCGAAAGAUUGAUCAUUAGCAAACGAGCUGAGUGGAUUAAAGAGCAUGAAAUCACCAUCAACUCUUUACAAAACCAACUCUCCGGCGCUAGAAAUCACAAUGCUGAGAUGCGAUCCCGUCAUCAAAGCGAAGUCGAUAACUUGAAAUCUCAAUUGGAAUCUGAAAGAAGCAAAAACAGUCGUCUCGUUGCAACGAACGAAGAGAAUCUUCAAAAACUCGAGCAGGAAAAUGAGAUAUCAAAAUCUAAGGAGCGUGAAUCGAUGGAGAAAAAACUAAAGAAGCUCAAUGAAGUUAUCGUGAAAAUGGAAAAAGAUAAUAAAAAUAAGGACGAGUCGAUUCGGCAGCUCUGCGCGAAAUGCGAUAAACUCAGUAAAGAACCAAAUGCUUUAGCUAAACUAAGAAAGUACAUUUUGAAGAUUUGCCCGACAAUGAACGUCAAAGAAAUUGACAACAUCGACAGCGCCCUGAGGAUACUAGAAACAGCGAUAAAAAGCUCGGCGGGGGAUGAAGAAACCUAUAAAACAGAACUGGCGAGAAAAGACGAAGAACUUAGAAAAAUUCAAAAGAACAUGGCUCAGUGGAAGAAAAAUACCUCACGAAAACUUGCCCAAAAAUUCGAAGUCGAGCUUCGAAGACUCUCCGAAAAUGCAUCAACCAUGGCUGAAAGCGAAUCUGGUUUCGCUUCAAAUGUCAAUUAA